GUAGGACGCAUUCGGUACAUGCAUAUGUGCAGCGCCUCGCUUUACGCACCCAAAUGCCACCAGCACUCCACCUAACAACACUCUUGCUACCCUCCUCCUCUAACCCCCUCCCCUACCUCAACGUCUCACCUCAAACACGCCUGCAUGCCUGCAUGGCUGCCUGCCUGCAUGCAUGCAUGCAUGCAUGCAUGCACGCAUGCAGGUCCUGAUGGACACGGAGGAGGUGUUGUCGCACCCGCUGCUGGGGCCGCUGUCGCGGGGGCUGCUGCGGCGACUGAGCGACUCGCUGGAUCCGCGCGAGUCCGUGUUCCCAAUCACCAGACUGCCGGUGGUGGGACUGCCCACGCCCAUCCCCGUACCCAACCUGCAGCGCCUCUACUUCCGCUUCGCACCCCCCGUGGACCCGCGGGCCCUGGGAACCGACAUUGAUAACCCGCAGCAGGUGCAAGAGUUGUACGACGGAGUAAAGAGCACGGUGACGCAGUGCAUGUCGGAGUUGCUCGCUGUGCGGGCGGCUGACGAGGACAGCCAGUUGGGGCCACGACUGGGUCGCUCGCUGCAGCAGUGGCUGCCACCCUACCUGGAUGGGGGAA